AUGUCCGACAUGGAUGAUUUGCUAGACUUUGAAGAUGGUGGAAUCGACUUCCCAACUAAUGAGAACUAUGAUUUAACAACAGCUUCAACAACAAUAGGUAAUAUAAUAGAUGACAAAAUGUUUGAUUUAGACGAAAAAAUAACAAAAAUAGAAGUGGCAACAGAAGAUAAAAGUGGUGAUGAUAAUGAAACUUUAGUAAAGCAAGAUACUUUUGAUUUUGAUAACUUGGAAGAAUUCAAUAUAAACGAUUCAGAUUUUCUUAAAAAAAAAAUUAGUGAAUCUUUAGAAAAUAAUUCUUUGGAAAAUAAAAACAUUGAUAAUGAUAAUAACAAUGAUAAUAGUGAUAAUAUUGACGAAUCAUUACUAAAAAAAGAUGAUGGUGAUAUUAAAUCAUCAAAAAAUUUAAAAUCUUCUGAAAAAGAAGAAGUUAAAGAUGUUAUAGACAAGAUUGUUUUAGAAAAUGUUGAAAAGAACAUUUUGGGUAAAAAACAAAAAACAGAUUUUGAUAUCCUUGUCAGUGGAGGAGCUCCAGGAAUAGGUAAAACACGAUUUGGCCAAGAACUUUUUUUUCAACUCAAAGAUAACUGGACUCCACCUACUUUGUCAACAAAAAAUAUUCAACCUCAUUUUCAAUAUAUUUGCUUAGAUUUUGGGAAUGGAUGUCCACUUGAUAAUACUGACUAUGGACUUUCUUCAUCAAUCAUGCCAUACAUCAAAUACUUCAACAUUGGUGCUGUGUUUCAGAGCAUUGCUGAACAUUUAGAAUUGAAAGAGAAUCAGGAACUUUUUGUUUUUCUUCAUAUUGAUGAAUUUCAAUUGAUUGAUAAAUGGGAGAAAAAAUAUAUGUCAACUUUUAAUAAAGAUUUCUUUAAAGAUAUGUUCAAUGAACUUGCAACAUUUAUGAUGAAUAGACUAGAAGCAUUUGUUCAAACAUUCAUUUCAGGAACAGCUCCACAAGUUGUCAUUUCAGCUAAGGAGCCAUCUAGAGUUUCAUUUCAUUUUGUUGAAUGUCCAUUGUUAUCAAUGACAUCUAUGAUUAAGAUUGUAGAUCAAUUUGCAGAGUCAUGUAAUGCAGAAAAAUUUGAAUGUGGUGAAUAUAAAUGGAAGCUAUGUAGACCAUUUCUUUAUCAUUUGGAGGACACAGGAGGAUUGCCUCAUGCAUUACAGUAUCUUUUAGAAAUAUGUUUCAAAGAACUCAAUAACAACAUGUAUGAUUUUUUUACAAGUUUUGAUAAUCAAUAUGAAUUUAGCCCAAGAGCUUCUGAUAGACAAUAUAUCGAAGAUCAGUUUAGCGGAGUUAAAAAAGAUCCUGCUAAAAAACGAGAAGAAAAAAUAGCAAGAUACAAACGGGAAAAAGAGACUAAAGCAAAAGUUGAGGCAUUACAUCAACAAUUAUCUUCUAGAAGAGAUAAAGGAAAAAGCAAAGAUGAAGAUGAUUAUGAUGAUAUCAAUCGAGAUUAUGUCUUAACACUUAUCGACUUAUUCACACAGAAAUCUAUUGAAUCACUAAUAUUGAUUAAUCAAGAACUUGAUUUAUUAAAUAAUAUGAAAAAAAUCCAAGAGCAAAAAAAUUACAAUGAAUCAUCAACGUCGUCACUAAAUGAUGAUAAUAAAAUUGAAGAAAUUUCAAGAAAUAAUGAAGGGCCGUUAUUAUCAAAAGAAGGAAAGCCACUUAGAUCUUUUAUAAUUACAAAUCAGCGUGAAGAAAUACUUCAAAAAGUUUUUAGGCCAGGUUGGAGAUUACCAACUAUGACAAUUGAUGAAUAUCUUCAAAAAGAAGCUGAAAGAGGAAAUAUCAUAAGUGGUGGAGGGAACAUGCCAGAAAAAAAGGAAAUCGAUGACGAUGAUGAGCAAGCUGUUAACGCCGAAACAUAUAAAGCAAGGGAGUGGGAUGAAUUUAAAGAUGCAAAUCCACGAGGAUCGG